CAAAAUUAAAUAUCUACUAAUCAUGCUCGUUGAAAAUAGUCAACGACGAUUUAGUCAACCUUCUCCACUUUUGAAUCCCUCUUCUCUCCCACAGAGCACAAACGAAAAAAACAACACAGAGACCUCUGCGAAUCAAAGAGCUUCCGGAAUUUCGCUCGUCUCUCUCCAGCUAUGAAGCUACGAAUCCCAAUUGCUACUCCUCUUCUUCUUCUUCUUCUAAUCUCGCCGUCGUUUCUGUUCUUCGCCGUCGAAUCCAAGUGCAGGACAAGCUGCGAUUUAGCUUUGGCAUCUUACUACCUCGAAAACGGAACAACCCUCACCGUCAUUAACAGGAACCUCAAUUCUUCGGCCGCGCCUAACGAUCAAAUCAAUUUCGACUCGAUCCUCAGGUACAACCCUAAAAUCACGAACAAAGAUUUGAUCGAGAUGGGUACUAGGGUUCUCGUGCCUUUCCCUUGCGAAUGUCAACCCGGAGAUUUCCUAGCCCACGCGUUCAGUUACGGAGUCCAAUCGGAAGAUACUUACGGCACGGUGGCGACUAGAGGUUACGCGAAUCUCACGACGGAGGACUUCCUGCAGAGGACGAACACUUUCCCGGCGACUAACAUCCCUCCCUCCGCGACGCUUAACGUGCUGGUGAACUGCUCUUGCGGAGAUGAGAGCGUCUCGAAGGAGUAUGGGCUGUUCGUUACUUACCCGCUUCGUCCUGAAGACAGCCUCGACUCGAUCGCGAGGUCGUCUAAUGUAUCGGCGGCGACUCUGCAGAGAUAUAACCCUAAUGUCGAUUUCAGCUCAGGGAGUGGGAUUGUCUUUGUUCCAGGGAAAGAUCCAAGCGGUGCAUUUCCACGUUUCAAAUCAAGUAAACAAGGUGGUAUUGGUGCUGGAGGUAUUGCUGGUGUAUGUGUAGGAGUGUUGUUGGCUCUGUUGUUAAUAGCUUUCAUCAUAUAUUAUGCUUACCGAAAGAGCAAGUCCAAGAAACAUUCGCUUUCAUCUUCUAUCCCGUUGUCAUCUAAGGCUGAUCAGGAUUCUUCAGCUAGCCUCCAAAAUGGGAACUUGGCUGGUACAGGAGUCUCUCCUGGGAUUGCUGCCAUAAGCGUGGACAAAUCUGUUGAGUUUACGUUGGAGGAGCUCGCGAAGGCUACUGAUAAUUUCAAUCUUUCUUUCAAGAUCGGGCAAGGUGGUUUUGGAGCUGUUUACUAUGCAGAGUUGAGAGGAGAAAAAGCUGCAAUUAAGAAGAUGGACAUGGAGGCAUCGAAACAGUUCUUGGCGGAACUAAAAGUCUUGACGCGCGUACAUCAUGUCAACCUGGUUCGUCUGAUUGGUUAUUGUGUUGAGGGAUCUCUUUUCUUGAUCUAUGAGUAUGUUGAGAAUGGCAACCUUGGACAACAUUUGCAUGGAACAGGACGAGAUUCGUUACCGUGGACUAAGAGAGUGCAGAUUGCGUUAGAUUCAGCUAGAGGUUUAGAAUAUAUCCACGAGCACACGGUUCCAGUUUAUGUUCACAGGGACAUCAAAUCUGCUAAUAUAUUGAUAGACCAGAGCUUCAGAGCAAAGGUCGCUGAUUUCGGUUUAACAAAACUGACAGAAGUUGGAAGCUCAGCGACACGUGGUGCAAUGGGAACAUUUGGUUACAUGGCACCUGAGAUUGUUUAUGGAGAAGUGUCUGCGAAAGUAGAUGUAUAUGCGUUUGGAGUUGUCCUUUACGAGUUGAUCUCUGCGAAAGCUGCAGUUGUCAAAUUGAACCAAGCUAGUGGUGAAUUCAGAGGCCUCGUUGGUGUGUUCGAAGAACUGUUCAAGGAGACAGACAAAGAAGAAGCACUGCGCAAGAUUAUCGACCCGAGGCUUGGUGAUAACUAUCCGUUUGAUUCGGUAUACAAGAUGGCGGAAUUGGGGAAAGCUUGUACGCAAGAGAAUGCGCAGCUACGUCCAAGCAUGAGAUACAUUGUGGUUGCUUUAUCCACUCUGUUUUCGUCUACCGGAAAUUGGGACGUCGGAAACUUCCAAAACGACGAUCUUGUGAGUCUUAUGUCCGGCCGGUAAAGUCUCCGGUUUGCUUGUGUAUAGAAAUGAUUGUUUUUGGUUUUUAACUUAUAGAAUUAUAAUUGAUUUUUGUAUGCAACAAACUAUGCGUAUAUUCCCUCUAUACGAACUUUUCCAACGUGACCUGUUGACUUUUGUAUAAUUUUGUAUAAAUCAUCAUUGUCAAGUUCGACAUCUACAAUGAUCUCAGCAUCUCCACGCC